CGGGUUAACACAACUGGUUCAGAAAUGUUAAUAUAGAUUCGGCGACCAAGAGUGGCGAAAAGAAUAAAUUAAUGGAGGAAGAAGAGCACGAGGUUUACGGUGGAGAAAUCCCUGAAUUCGGCGAGGUUGAUGUUCCCGAUCCAGAUUUCGAUAUCUCUGCCGCCAAUGAUGACGCCGUUAGGGAGCUUGAUGAGAUGAAGAGGAGAUUGAAGGAGAUGGAGGACGAAGCUGCUGCGCUGCGCGAGAUGCAAGCAAAAGUUGAAACAGAAAUGGGAGCUGCUACUCCAGAUCCUGCAAGUGGUAUGGCCACAAAUCAAGAAGGAAAGGAAGAGGUGGAUGCUCGAUCUGUUUAUGUUGGUAAUGUCGAUUAUGCUUGUACACCUGAAGAAGUUCAAUUGCAUUUCCAGACAUGCGGAACAGUCAACCGGGUAACCAUUCUGAUGGACAAGUUUGGACAACCAAAGGGAUUUGCUUAUGUGGAGUUUGUUGAAAUCGAAGCCGUGGAAGAAGCUCUGCAACUGAAUGAAUCAGAGCUACAUGGUCGUCAAUUGAAGGUAUCGCCUAAGCGAACCAAUGUUCCUGGAAUGAAACAGUAUCAUCCUGGGCGUUUCAACCCUUCAAUGGGAUACCGCUUUCGCAGACCUUUUGUGCCUCCUUAUUUCUAUUCCCCAUAUGGAUACGGGAAGGUUCCUAGGUUCAGAAGGCCAAUGCGGUACAUGCCUUACCAAUAGAAACCGUACCGGAAUAAGAACCAAAGAAGAAUAGCUAUGACAGAGUGCCUAGAGAAUAGAGGUCGUCCCUCAAUUUCGAGCUUUAUUUAUCAAUAUGACUUUGCUUUUCGUGCACCUGAACUUCUUGAAUCGAUCAUGUAAGGAUGAGACUAUAAGCGUCUUUCUUUUCUUUAGAUAUGGGUUAUGUGUAUGAUAUUACUUUCAGUUUAUAUCUUUGUUAUUGCUUCCUUUCA